UGAAUGCGGAAGGACGAACGACGGAGUGAUGAGGGCAGACCCAGUAAAUGAGUGAAGGAAUAAAUGACAGAAUUAGCUCAGCACCGCCCUGUAUGGGCGCUCUGAAAGGCGUGUAAUGCCUGGACGUGGUCAGUGAAGUAGCAGACAGUCCUCAGAGGGAGAAGAGAAGGGCUUUAGUCGUCGUUAUGAUUCGGUGUGGUUUGUUUUUCCUCUGUUUGCUGCCGCCGGUGUGUUUAGCUUCUCUGCCGCUGGUGAUCAACACCUGGCCGUUCCAGAGCGCCGCUGCCGCAGCAUGGGAUGCUCUCCAGAAAGGUUUGUCACCGCUGGAUGCAGCCGAGGCUGGAUGUGCUCGCUGUGAGCAGGAUCAGUGUGAUGGCAGUGUGGGGUUUGGGGGGAGUCCAGAUGAACGAGGGGAAACAACGCUGGAUGCCAUGAUCAUGAAUGGGGACACGAUGGAGGUGGGGGCAGUAGGAAAUCUGCGCAGAGUGAAAAACGCUGUGGGCGUGGCUCGCGCAGUGAUGAACUACUCUGACCACACCUUCUUAGUGGGCGAGUCAGCUACUGUGUUUGCUGAAGGCAUGGGCUUCAAAUCUGAAGACUUGACCACCAACAGGUCAAGGGAUAUUUUCUCCCAGUGGCUGAAUCAGAAGUGCCAGCCCAACUUCAGAAAGAAUGUUUUUCCAAACGCAACCAUGUCAUGUGGGCCAUAUAAACCUCAAGCUAAGCUGCAGUCGGGCCCAGGUCGAAAACUUGGACUAAUUGACCUCCGCUCACAUGAUACCAUUGGAAUGAUUGUGAUUGGGCAGAAUGGUCAGGUGGCUGCUGCAACCUCAACCAAUGGAGCGACCCAUAAAGUGCCUGGGCGAGUGGGGGAUUCUCCAGUGGCCGGUGCGGGGGCAUAUGCAGAUAGCUCAGCAGGUGGUGCUGCUGCAACUGGCCAAGGAGACAUCAUGAUGCGUUUCCUCCCCAGUUUUUUAGCUGUGGAGCUGAUGAGAGGUGGGGAUGACCCCUCUACUGCCUGUAAGAAAGCCAUUUCCAGGAUUAAGAAGUACCACCCAGACUUCUUUGGGGCACUGAUCUGUGCCAACACAACCGGGGGAUAUGGUGCUGCUUGCAACAGAAGUCCUGGGUUCACAGAGUUCCAUUUUAUGGUGUCCAACUCACAGACCAACAAACCUGUCCAGGAGAAGGUGUACUGCAUUUAGUCCUAAUCACUUCAAACAUCUGCACUAAAGAAAAUGUGACCAUACGUGUUGAAAUAAACUAAUAUUUUUCCAAACUCAA